GUUUAAUACUAGAUGACUUUAAUGUUGAUUUCCAAAUGUAUACUCUUCCGGUGUUGAAGUGUAUUAUCAAACCAACAUGACCACGAGCACACAGGUCCAGUGACCAAAAAGUUUCAUAAAUGCACUCAUAGAUAUCGCUAUAAGAGUUUUCCUCCCUUCUGCAUAACUGUUACUCAGUAUUGUGCAAUAUAAAAAAGAACCCAAAUAAAAAAAGAACAAUAAAAUCAGCAUAACAAAGAACAAUAACCGAAAAUGGGUGAUGGAAUAGAUGACAAUCCUAAAAAAAGCACAACACACAUUAUAGGAAAUGUUGAAGGAAAAGGAUUUAAAGACAAAGCAACAGCCUUAAAAACAUUACAGAUUUUAAAAGGUCGUGAUCCACUCUAUCAAUAUCGCAGUAUUCUUACACUGAAAACAUCAUGUCGCUCGGCCUUACGAAGAGUUAAAAAUCCACAAAAAAAGAAAAAUUUAGAAGAAGCUUUGGAAGUAUUUCAUAAGUGGAUAGCAAAUUAUCGAAAGAAAGAUUUGGGCUCUCAAACAAAUUUGUACAUACCGGUGUCCACUUUAGAAAGGUUUAUGCCUUUAUUAAAUCACUAUAAUAUCGAAAAUGAGUUUUUGGAUGUUUAUAUUAAAAAAUGUAAAGGUGAUCAUAAAAGAUUGCGUGAAAUAAAAGGUGAAAAGUAUGAUAAAACAUGGGAUAUUGUUCGUAAUGCGGAAAUUAAAAAAUUGAAGAAGCAAUCUGAAGAAAAUGAGGAACGUUUAUGGACUGAAGACAUGAUUCCAUCUGAGAUUCAUGCGAAAAUGAUAUCGUGGGCCUAUAGUCCAGAUAAAGAGAUAAGACUCAGAUGUCAACAAGAACUGUUUGAAAAAAUUGAUGCAAUUAUUUUAAAAUAAUUAGUAACUAACAACUAUAGUAGUAAAUGUGUUACAUCAUUUAAAUUCUUGAUUUCAGUUAUAAUUAUUUUGAAUAAAUCUUUUUAACGUUUUUGACA